CAUAUCAUUCUGGUGAAAAGAAAGAGGACUACUUCUUGACUUGUUGGAUGGGAAAGGAUAGCACUCAGGACGAUCAGCUAAUGGCUCUACAACUGGCUACUAAAAUGUGGAUCUCCUUGAAAAGGAGACCAGUGCAGGGAUGCAUAUUUCAAGGGAAAGAGCUGCUACAAUUCAUCGCACUUUUCCAUCCCAUGGUUGUUUUGAAGGGUGGAGUCGGUUCUGGGUACAAAAGCUUAAUUUCAGAAAAAAAAACCUGAGUGAUGAAACUUAUGCUCCCGAUGGCAUUGCGCUGAUCCAAGUAUCUGGUACAUCAUCCCACAACCGUAAGGCAAUGCAAGUUGAUGCGGUGGCGACAUCCUUAAAUUCCUAUGAUUGUUUUGUUUUGCAAUCUGGGAAUACAGUUUUCACGUGGAAUGGAAGUUCAAGUACUCAUGAACAGCAACAGUGGGUUGAUCAGACAGCAGAAUUUUUGAAGCCAGGUGCUACACUGAAGCAUUGCAAAGAGGGAACAGAAAGCUCGGCUUUCUGGUUUACUCUUGGUGGGAUGCAAAAUUUUUCCAGCAAAAAGAGCACUCAAGAUGUUGUUAGAGAUCCUCACUUGUAUACCUUUACAUUUAAGCAAGAUAUAUCAUGCCAGCUUCUCGGCUCCUACACCAAUUCAGGCUCAGUCAUGGUCAAUUGUCUUAAGGGGGUGUGA